UAGUGAUCGAUUAGCUGCAGGUAAAUGUUUCAGGUCCUUAAUUAUUUCCAUAGAGUAGUGGCCUCUUUCCUCUUCGGUAGGGAUCUGGGGGCGAUUGGGAUCGGGGAGUCAUCGCCGGCGAAAGGGCCUUUCGAUCCUGUUCCGCUUUCUUCACAUCUGCAUCUCCGGUACACUGGUGUGAGAUGGCUCGUCUUUACGUUGGCAAUCUAGAUCCCCGAAUGACUGCACGGGAACUUGAAGAUGAAUUUCGUGUGUUUGGGGUUCUACGAAGCGUUUGGGUUGCUAGAAAACCACCAGGCUUUGCUUUCAUUGAUUUUGAUGAUAAAAGAGAUGCUCAGGAUGCAAUCCGUGAUCUGGAUGGCAAAAAUGGAUGGAGAGUAGAAUUGUCCCAUAACUCAAGCAGCCGUGGCCGUGAUCGCCAUGGAGCAUCGGAUAUGAAGUGCUACGAGUGUGGGGAGACAGGUCAUUUUGCUCGUGAAUGUCGUCUUCGAAUUGGUUCUGGAGGAUUAGGCAGUGGAAGACGUCGGACUCGUAGUCGGAGUCGCAGCAAAAGUCCAAGAUACCGCCGAAGUCCUAGUUAUGGUCGAAGGAGCUCUAGUCCUCGUGAGCGCUCUCCAAGAAGACGCAGUCCAUCUCCUCGUCGAAGGAGUUAUAGCAAGUCACCUCCAUAUGAAAAUCGUCGAUCUGAGUCGCCACAAGCUAAUGGAUAUCAACGGCGCAGCAGGAGCUGAGUAAUGUUCACCUGAUUCCAAGUCGGUUUAUGAACUUUAGCUCUUUGGGCUUUUUCUUAAUGAAUGUCGUCUGUUUGAUCUACGCUCAGGCAUCUUGGAUUGGUUAAGUCUCUUGAACUUUCUUUUGCAUGUUUUUAUUAAGCUUAUUGAACUUCUAAAUUUGGUAGUAGUAGACAAUGAUGUUUACUUGGAUUGUAAUUUACAUUCCGACUAAGUUCUGUAUGUUCUUUUCUUUUGUGUCGAGGAGGCGUCAGCGUCAUCCUGCUUUAAUGACUGCCCGUCUUCGGCAUACCUUGUCUUUAUGGCUCUACUACUACACAUGGUUUUGUUCUUCGCACACCAUCUUCGACAACUCUGAGAAUAUCUUCUUGUGUCGGGGAGGCGCCAUUCUACUUUAAUGACUGCACCAUUGGUAUUCCUUGUUUUUGCGGUACUGCUGCAUCUUCGGCACUCCUUGCCUUUUAAGCUCUACUAUUGCACAUGGUUUUGUUCUUCAUACGAUAACACCAUCCUCGGCAACUGCACUUGGCUUUGCUCUUCGCAUGCUAAAACCAUCUUCAACAACUUGAGAAUAUCUUCUGUUGAAGAGAAUCAUUCUGCUUUUAACACCUUACUGCUUUCGGUUUUAUGGUA